CACAGCAAACGGCCCGUCCUACGUUCUUCGCCAGGAAGUUUGAAGCCAGUGUUAACCAGGAGAUAGUGAACCAACUAGAUGGCUACCUGUUUGGACCUAUGCCCCGGGGGACCCCUGGCCUCCAGGCCUACUGGGAGAGUGCGUUUGACGAGGUGGACGGGGUCGCGACCCUGAGCGACACACAGCUCACACUCUACCAUGCGUUUGCUCGUAUGGGCCUGGCCAGGGCGGCAGCAUCGCUGCAAGGAGAUCCUAAGGAUGACAGCUGCAGGUAUUUCCCCAUGGGCCACCCGGUGUCAGUGCAUCUCUACUUCCAGUCAGACCAGUUCCAAGGCUACCUGGUCAAGCACCAUGCCACUAACCUGGCAACCAGCAAGCUGGAGACCCUGGAGACCUGGGUGAUGCCCAGGAAGACCUACAAGGUGGCUUCCCCYCCCAGCACCUUCACCAGGCUGCAGUUCGCUGAGAUCGGCACGGAGUAUGCCAAGGAGCGCAUGUUCCGUAACUUCGGUGGUCUGAUGGGUCCCAUGGACGAGACCGUCGGGAUGCAGCGGGUGUCCAAGGGCCCCAACGUGACCGUCACCGUGGUGUGGAUCGACCCACCAACGAUUGCUGCCACCUACGAUAUCCUGAUCGACGCCAGCGCAGAGUAACACCACUACCGACCCCCCCUGAACCAGCCUCUCAGACCUGGGGUGUGGACCAUACGGGUGUUGCAUCACUGGACCGUGGCCGAGACCAGGUUUCUGAUUAGUCCGCUGGCUUAUAUGAAGCAUCAGCCUAUAAGACAAGAGGACACGCUGAAGCUCCACAACGGACCAGCCAAGAACAGUUAUAUGGAGCAGAGCUUCCAUGGCCUCAACCCCGUGCUCAACAUCCCUGUACACCUGGGCCAGGUGGAGCAGGCUAAGCGCAACGCCGGCCUGACUGGCCCCGCCUUGGAGCACUGGGUAGACGGCCUGGUGGGUGCGAUGUGGGAGGCUGGGGARGUGUGUUCCACCUCCAUGACAGGGGGACCUGGAACAUCCUGCCCCGUCAUGCAGACCUGCGCCAAGACCCCCUGGAGCUCGCUCAGCCCCGACCCCAAGUCCCAGCUGGUCCCGCCGCACGCCGACGGGCGCAUCAGGUAGCAGUGGCGCCUCCGGCUGGACGGGAGGCCACACUGCAGGUCUUAAGUUGAAAUAAUUUAUUUUUCAAAUCUCUUUUUGUUUAAUUUUUAUUUUUCAGUCGACGUAAUGGAUCAGAUAAGACGAGAAAAGACGUGUAAGUUGUGUUUUUUUAAGGUUGAUUGGAGGUUGUAGGAACGUUGAAGAGGAAGAGAAUGUCUGGGGAAGGUUUUGUGGRGUCGUGCAAGUUUCAGACUCCUGAAGUGUUAGUCUUUGGUGUUUUUGCCGGCUUUGCCGUUUUCUGUUUCCCAAUGUAUUUAUUUGAAUCUCAUCGCUGAGUUUGCUGUGAUUGAUGCUGUGUCCGACGUAGAGACAAAUGUUGCUUUGCCAAGCACCUAGUAAGGCCGCCUAGUCUGCUGCUAAAMGAAAGAGCGAUUGUGAAGUCAGUCAGAAGUCAGUGUUCGGGUGGAACAGGAUAGUCGACACUGGUAGUGGACCACGUUCUGGGCCCGUAUUCACAAAGCGUCUCAGAGUAGGAGUGCUGAUUUAGAAUCAGUUUUCUCUUUUAAAUCAUAAUGAAU